AAACUCGACAGAAACACAUACAGUCAAUAUGAGUAAUCCCAACUGGUCUAUUAAUUCCUGGAAGGACAAGCCCGUGCUUCAAGAUGUCGUCUAUGACGAUCAAGCACAUCUUGAAACAGUGUUAAAGAAACUUCAGCACUUGCCUCCCAUGGUGACACCAAGAGAGGUUGAUGACCUUCGAGUCCAAUUGAAGGAGGCUGCUCUCGGAGAGCGUUUUCUUUUGCAAGGUGGUGAUUGCGCAGAACUGUUUGACUAUUGUUCACAGUCACCUAUUGAGUCAAAACUCAAAGUCUUGCUUCAAAUGUCUUUGGUGUUGAUUUGGGGUGCAAGAACCCCGGUGGUUCGCAUUGCUCGUAUGGCCGGUCAAUACGCAAAGCCAAGAAGCAAACCCACUGAGAUGCAUGAAGGAAAGGAAAUACCAUCGUACAGAGGUGACAACGUCAAUGGCUUUGAUCCAAGUGACCGAAAGCCUGAUCCGGAAAGACUUCUUCAAGCUUAUUUCCAUUCUGCUGCAACUCUCAACUAUGUUCGUGCUAUAUUGGGCUCUGGAUUUGCAGACCUUCACAAACCACAAACCUGGAACUUGGACCACGUACGUUCAGGAUCAACGCGCCAAGAAUACCAAGCCAUUGUCGAUCGUUUGACCGAUGCUAUGGACUUCAUGCAUACCAUUGGAGCUGACUCAGGACGAUCGUUGUCCGAGGUAGAUUGGUUCGUCUCUCACGAAGGACUGCUACUCGAUUAUGAGUCUUCUCUCACUCGUGAGCAUGUAGUGCCAUCUACUGGAGAGAAGAAGUAUUACAAUACCGGAGCACACUUCUUGUGGAUAGGUGAUCGUACACGUCAACCCGAAGGUGGACAUGUAGAGUACAUGAAGGGUAUUGAAAAUCCUGUCGGCAUCAAAGUUGGCCCAACUACCAACCCAGAUGAUCUUCCCGUUAUUCUUAAUGCUAUCAACCCAUCCAAGGAGAUUGGAAAGGUCACACUUAUCACAAGAUACGGUGCGGGAAAUGUUGAGAAGCUUUUGCCCGCCCACAUUGAAGCUGUACGAAAGUCUGGCCACAUUGUUGUUUGGGUAUGCGAUCCCAUGCACGGAAAUACCAAAUCAGCCACAGGAGGAAUUAAAACACGUCAUUUUGCCGACAUUGUUGAGGAGUUGACUUCCAGCUUCAAGGUGCAUCAAUCGGUUGGUAGCAAGUUGAACGGUGUUCAUUUUGAAUUGACAGGUGAUAGCGUCACAGAAUGUGUUGGUGGAUCCAUGGAGCUUAAGGACAGUGAUUUGUCCACCAAUUAUCAAACCUACUGUGACCCACGCUUGAACUACGAGCAGAGUUUAGAUGUUGCAUUCUUAAUAGCGCAAUACUAUGAAAAGGAGCGAUCCCUACAGAAUUAAACGUGCACAAUGAUCAAUAAAUAUCCUUAGGAGUGAUUGUUCUCCGCUUUAAAAAAUGUA